AUGACGAUCACAUGUUUUAAUCUUUGGCUACUGGCCUUGGCGACUUUCGUCAUCCCAAGCAUAGCUCAAACGGUAGACCCAACCAGCUGUGCUUCUGGCGUCCAUCUGCUUCUCCUCCGUGGUGAAGGUACCGGCGAUGAUCUCAACGUUCUUGAUAGCAUCCAGAGUGUAGUUCUCGAACAGAUCCCUGGCUCGACAUCACUCGGUUUACCAUAUCAGCAUGGCGAUUCCGACAAGCAGUUUGCAGCGUAUAAUGGUAGUUUGCUCUUGCAGCAAUACAUUGCCGAGUAUGCAUCCAGUUGUCCGAGUAGCAAGAUAGCUAUACUGGGAUAUUCGUUGGGAGCUGUUGCAACAAUGGAUGCAAUUUGUGGCGUGAGCUCUCUUCUCGUCACCUAUAACGUCAACGCUCUCGAUCCACAAUAUGCACAAAAUGUGAUUGCGGUAGUGGCCUAUGGCGAUGAAACAUACGUUCCUUUCCAGCCUUGGAAUGUAGGAAAUUGUACCAUUGGUGCUGGUAUAUACCCACGUCUGGACCCAGCUGCGUGCGAGCCUUUUGCAAGCUCUUUGCAGAGCUACUGUGACUAUGGCGACGAGCAAUGUUGUUCCGUCUUCCCAUUAGACGAUAAUGCCGCGCAUCAUACAUAUUUCACCAAGUACAACCAAGAUGUGGUUACUUUUAUCCAGAGUCGGCUCUGA